AGCUAUCACCGAAUGCAGCAUCCUCAUCGUUACCACGUGAGGCGACCUUGUGCGCAGACGUGCUUCUAGUCUCCAGGGAGACACAAGUGCCCGUAAUCUCCCGGGAGAUAAAAGAAUAGAAGUGUUUACUGUCUCCUGGGAGAGAGAACAAAGAUAAAUCACACAUGACGUCCCGCGGCGACGAAACUCGAAGAAUAGAACUAGAAGAAUGAACGUGCACUAUUUGAACGUGUCCGAGUCCUACUGGUGUUGGGCCAGACUUGCUCCGAAGGAGCUGCUGUAGGUUCAGUCCCACUGGGUCAGCGCUGAUUAGGCUCAGAGCAGAUAAAGCCUGAACAUAUGGAGCCGGUGCGGGUUCCGUGAAGCCUUCCGCGCUCUGCCUCCGCGUGGCCUCGGCGCAGCUCGCACGCGCUGCCGCUCUUCUAUUGGCUCGUCAGCAUCGGAAGGCGCGCGUGUCACAUAAAGAGGCGAGCGAGCGAGAGGCGCACGAGACGCGCCUCACCGGAAAGGAGGGUGCUCGCGACGCGGGCUGUUCGGUCCCGGUUCGAGCAGCUGAGCUCGUUUCCGUUGAGUGCAGCGUCUAUCGUUCCUGCCGCGCCUCCGCUCACACGAAGCGGCGCCGUCGCGUCAUGGUCGCCGGGGAACUGGUGCAGGAGCAUCUGCGUGCGGAUCCCGGCGCCCCUGACGACAUCACGGUCGACAGGAAGCCUCCGGAGCCGCACGCCGCCGUCGAGCGUUACGCGGAUGCGACACGCGGCGCGACGCACGCGGCCGGUCGGACGGACGCGCGUCGGGCGCCGGAGCGACGCGAGGAGGUUCCGCCGGAUGAAGGAGACGCGAUGCUGCCGCACGGAGGAGCCGAGAGGCUGCAGACCAGGCUGUACCGGCGCCGGUUCGCCGUUCUGGCCGUCUUCAGCCUGUACUCGCUGGUCAACGCCUUCCAGUGGAUCCAGUACAGCAUCAUCACCAACGUGUUCACGCGCUACUACGGCGUGAGCAGCGACAAGAUCGACUGGCUCUCCAUCGUCUACAUGGUCGCCUACGUGCCGCUCAUCCUCCCCGCCACCUGGCUGCUGGACCGGAAGGGUCUGCGCCUCACGGCCCUGCUGGGCUCCGGCCUCAACUGCGCAGGUGCGUGGCUCAAGUGCGGCAGCGUGAGCCCCGCGCUGUUCGGCGUCACCGUGGCCGCGCAGGUCGUCUGCUCCGUGGCGCAGGUCUUCAUCCUCGGCCUCCCGUCGCGCCUCGCCUCCGUGUGGUUCGGACCGCGGGAGGUUUCCACGGCGUGCGCCACGGCCGUGCUCGGGAACCAGCUGGGAACAGCCAUCGGCUUCCUGCUGCCCCCGGUUCUGGUGCCCACCAGGCCCGACCACGACCCGGACCCCGACCUGACGGGUCGGAACAUCAGCGUCAUGUUCUACGGCACCGCCGCCGUCUCCACGGCGCUCUUCGUCCUGUCCGUCGUAGUGAUACGGGACCGCCCUCCUCUGCCUCCCAGUCAGGCCCAGGCGGUUCUGCCCGACGGACCUCCGGACCACUACUCCUACAAACAGUCCAUCUCCAACCUGAUCAGGAAUAAAGCCUUCGUGCUGCUGCUCAUCAGCUACGGCAUCAUGACCGGCUCCUUCUACUCCGUGUCCACGCUCCUCAACCAGAUGAUCAUGGCCUGUUAUGAGAACGAGGGGCUGAACGCUGGGAGGAUCGGUUUGACGCUGGUCGUUGCUGGGAUGGUGGGUUCCAUCCUCUGUGGCCUGUGGCUGGACCACACCAAGACGUACAAGAUGACCACUCUGCUCGUCUACAGCCUGUCGCUCGUUGGCAUGUUGGUCUUCACCUUCACUCUGGACCUCAACAACAUCUACCUGGUGUUCUUCACUGCUGCAGUGCUGGGGUUCUUCAUGACCGGCUACCUGCCGCUGGGCUUCGAGUUCGGGGUGGAGAUCACCUACCCGGAGUCUGAGGGGACGUCGUCGGGGCUCCUCAACGCCUUCGCUCAGAUCUUCGGCAUCAUCUUCACCCUGAUUCAGGGCAAACUGACCACGGCCUACAGCCCGCUGGCCGGGAACCUCUUCCUCUGCGCGUGGAUGCUCCUGGGGACGCUGCUCACCGCUUUAAUCAAGUCGGAGCUGAAACGGCACAACGUCAACGUGGGGACGGACAGGAAGCACCUGAAAGCUCUUCCCAGCGAGCGUCCUGAGGACCGUCUGUCAGAGACAAAGACCAACGGAGUCAAGCUGGAGCCUUCACUCAGCUUCUGUCGUGAAACCUCAUUGUGACGGAGCUCUGGCCUGGGAACCGGACCAGCGCCAGGCCUUUAUGGCCAGUACAAAUCUCUUUAAUGUGUGACAUGGGCCCGGCCCGUAGCGGCGCCGGUUCCAUGGCAGCUGGUCAACGCUCCACCACGCGAGGCGCUGACGAAGCCCCGCUGCGUCUCAUGGGUUCUGUGGGUGAAGUCCACCAUCGCGCGGCGCCAGAGGGAACGUGCUUCUGCUUCCUGACGCUACUCGAAUUGGACUUUGAGGAUCUCUCUUUCAAGGCGUGGGCUUUUUUCCCUUCGCUUGUUUGAGCAGCAGCUGCAGAUUAUUUAUGGUUUGCCUCCAUCUGCACAACAAUAGGUGACAUCUGCUCCGCUGACGUAACAGUCCUGGGAGAUGCAAGAAAAGUGCAAGAAAGCGUCUGGCAGCUGAUGUCGUGUUGAUUUGCAGCCUCACUGACGCGACUUUACGAACUAGAGCAUUGCUGGAGGUUUGUUCCUCCUCUGUCUCUGCUGCUGCUUUCUUUUCCUGAGGUCGCUCGUCAGUGUGGCGCCAUCUAGUGGAGAAGCACAGUGUUCACUCCUGGGUUAACUUCUGUUUUAUACUUGAAGUUUACUUUUUGUAGAUUUCAGUUUAUUUUAUUUAUAUGAACUGUUUAACAGUGACUUUAUAAUCCUUUAACAUUUAAAUACUUCACUCAUCUAAACUCCAUGGAUCAUUUGGUCCAUACGUUCGGUAUCAGCUUCUUUGGGCUUAAUUUAUUUUUUGUUUAUUUUUGCUUAGUUUUUGCCUUUUUAUUUUGUUAAAUAAAUAAUAACUUUCACAGUUAGGUCCUAAUUCUUUUUAGAUUUUAUUUAAAUCCAUUUUUUUUACUCUAAAUACACUGUCUGGCCAAAAAGGAAGGCUCCACCUGGACUGAUGAUCUGUGGCUGCUGUAGUUGGUCAGUUCUGGGUUCAGCAACAGUAUGUGCUCAAACAAUGAGGUCAACUGACGACCUGGAUACACUGAAUUUAAUGCACCAUUGGAUGGAAAUAAAUGCAGCAGCUUAUGGAAGCAAGGCCAGCGAGUGCGUGCUGUAAUCAAAGCUGAAGGCGUCCAAUGAAAUAUUAGACCUUUUUUUGGCCAGGCAGUGUGUAAAUAUGGCAUUGUUACGUAUUUUACAACAACAGUUAAUAUAUCAUGCAUCUGUCCAGUAUGAUGAUCAGUUCAAACAUCAGCUGGAAGUCGAUCACUGAAAAUCAGUGUCUUCAAAUAAAGAAUGGUUCCGUGUAAAUGUUGUCACUCUGCACAAUCAGGACUUUGAAGUUAACACUGGUCAUUUAUGUGAAAGGAGGAAGUCUCCAAUAAUUGUCCUCUGAGAUUCCUGCUUGAAUGUGAACUUUAAACACUGCCAACUAGAAGCCUCCUCUAAAAGCUUCAUCAUCAAAUGUUGAAAACGGCACAAAACACUAAAAAUAUUCACUUUGUAAAAGGAGGACGAUGGACGAAAGAUGACGUCAUCCCUCACAUUUCUGCUAAAUCAGAACAAUAAAAGGUCUUUUCCACCGUU